AUGGUUUUUUCCAACGAUCGGGUCUUGGAUCAUGGCAAAAUGCCGUGGCAAAUCUCUUGGAUCUUGGAUCUUAGCCCGAAGAUGUCGGGCGUCAGCCAGUGCCUUCAGAGUUCCUACCGAAGUUCUGGUCCCCUUUGUGCACCAUGUUUCAGACAGACAGAGCAGACACGUUAUGUCACCAUCGAUCCAUUCCUCUCGGCCCUGGAGACCUGCAUUGCAGCAAGGCCGUCGAAGAACUUUGGUGUCGAAAAAUGGGGUCGAAGGGCACCGUUCAGUGCUGAAGAUGUGGAAAUCUUUGAUGUCGACUGUUUGCAAGGCAAUCCCCAGGUUUUCCUGCAACACGUGCAGCCGAUGUUGGGCGAAUCCGAAGCUGUUUGGGAUGGCCAGAGUCACAUGCGAAACAGUCAGGGGUUUCCGCAGAUGUGGCGCGAGUCUUUGCAGCGGAGCUCGGGUGGGGGCGCUGCGGCGCAGCGGGGCGCCCCGGCGCUGUUUGAGCGCGUGAGGCAGUACUAUGCCCUGGCGAAUGAGGAAGACUACCGGAAGAAUGGCCAAUGGCAGUUGGACCUUCUGCGCAUUGAUCUGCAGCUGCUGGAGGCGCACCGCCGCCACGCCGGGCUGCCGGACCUCGAGGCCGAGGACGAGGUCGACGCCAACGACGGGGACGGGGAGAUGGAGGAGGUGCUGCUGGAGCCGGAGCCAAAGCCGGAGGUGAAGCGGCUUCCAACGUCCAAGACGGCGGCACGCCCGGUCUAUCGCCCGCUUGGGACCAUGCCUCCAGCCUCAUUGCCUAGAUCAACGCCAGCUCCGGCUGCAUGGGUUAGGCUUGCUUCAGCCUCAUCGAUUAGAUCGGGCCCUGCUCUUGCAGCCCCAUCGAUCAGAUCAGCACCCGCCGCUCCAGCUGCAUCGACCCGGCCGACGUUCACACCGAUGAGAGCUGCACCUUCCGCGGCAUCAUCAUCAUCGUUUCCAUUGUCCAGCGCCCUGAUGGCCCGGCGCGGGGUGCGCAGUGGGCCGUACAAUGGCGCUGCCAAGGUGCAAGGUGCACCGGCAGCCAAGAAUGGAACCGCCAAGGCAAAGGCGGCAGCGAAGCUUCCGAAGACGGCCUUGGCGGAGCAGUUGGAAAAGAUUCAGAACUUCAUCGAUACCUGGGGGUUGGAUCCCCCCGAGACCAAGCGCUGCUUAGCCAAGCUGCCGGCCCCACAACGGCGAUGGCUCUUGGAGACCUAUGAUGGCAGCGAGCCCCUGGAGGACUUCCUGAGGGCUGGCUCCGAUGAAAAAUCGCCAGCACCUGCUGUAGCAACUGCCAUAGCGGGGCCUGGGGAGGCACCGGGUGAGUUGAUCAAAAACAUGCUGCAAUGA